AUGGCUCAACCGGCGUUGAACAAUGGCCGAGUCAAAAGUCGCUACCUACCACAACAGAGAGUUGAACAACCACUGAAUUUCAAUAUCAUUGACGCCAAUUUCUAUGAUACAUGUCUUAAUAACUGGAUCACUGUUGCAGGAUCCCAAGUACACAAAGCAAAAGUGGCUGGGUUCCCGGAACUAAUCUCGACUGUUCAAAAGCCAUGCUUUAAAAAGCAUCCCUGCGUGUAA